GAAGGAUAUCAUAAAAAAAAAAUUUGAAAAAAAAAUAACAAUUUAAAGGUUAAUUGAACUUUGCUUAUAAUUCAGUUUGACUCUUGAGAAAAAAAUGCGACUUUCGUCGACGAUUUAAUAAAAGAAAAAAAAAAAAAACCCUAACAUUUCGUCUUCUCGUUACCCUUUUGGCUAUAAAACCCUGACUGUCAAAACUCAACCGUUGGGCUCUCUGCUUUGGUAAACCUAGUAGUUUCCUCCAUUUUCUUCUUUUGUAUCUAGUCUUUUUGUUCAGGUUGUAAGUAAGUAGUAAUGGAUCUCUCUGUGAUAAAGAAUCGUUUUGUAUCUAGCCUUUUUGGUAUUUUUGUUAUCAGUUAGUAAAUGAAAUUCGAAUCCUUUUCUUUACCGGAGUGUAUCUGUGUCUUUUGUUCAGGUUGUAACUGUUGAUCAGAGUCUGUCUCAAUAUGAAAUCGAGAAAGAAAGUUGUUGGUGUUUCUAAAGAUAGAAUCAGCGAUUUACCAGACCCACUGAUAUGUCACAUCUUAUCAUUCCUUCCAACUAAAGAAGCUGCUUCAACUACUGCCCUAGCCAAAAGAUGGACUAAAACUCCGUUGAAGAGGUUCCACGUCAAGUGUAAAGAUGUUGUUGAUCAAUAUUGGGUGCUUGAAUGGAUACCCAAAGUCUUGAAACGUGGUGUGUUAGAUAUUGAUCUACACAUCCCUUCGUCUCGUGGUUUUUGUGAAAACUCGAGUUUUUAUCCUCUGCCUUCUAAGAUCUUUGAGAGCAAGACAUUGGUUAGGCUCAAGAUACAGUUUCAGGAUGGUGUCAGCAUUCAUGUUAAACGUGGUGUUUCUCUUCCCAAGCUUAAGACCCUCCAUCUUGAUUAUUUUCGGAUCGAUACCAGUACGUUUAACAAGCUUCUUUCUGCCUGUCACGCGCUCGAAGAACUAGUGCUGGUUAAUAUGAUGUGGGGUGAUUCUUUGGAACAUGAAGCUUGCCCUGUGACAGUGUCUAUCCCAACCCUCAAGAGACUAAAGCUUUGCCGUUCUGAAGAUUUCUAUGAGGCUGAAUUUCAUGAGUAUGAAGACUAUGAUGAGGAGAACAUUAACGCGGGAGUGUCAUUGUCGUUUGAUAACCCGAAUUUGGUCUACUUUGAAUAUUCUGAUGCUAUUGUGGACAGGUUUAAACAAGUGAGAUUUGACUCGCUUGUCGAAGCUAAUCUCAGACUUCGAAAGACAACUGAUGAUCAGACUAAAACUGACAAGAUUAAUGUAACAAAGCUUCUCAUGGGAAUACGCAAUGUUAAGAUCCUCUACUUGUCUAAUGACACUCUUGAGGUACUUUCUUGCUGCCGAGAAAGAAUACCGGUAUUCGACAACCUAAUCGAGUUAACUAUUAAUACUACACCAUAUGUAGGAUGGAAAUCAUUGCCUCCUCUACUUAAGAGUUGUCCAAGUCUAGAAACCCUUGUAUUCGAAGGACUGCAUCACAAAUAUACAGAUAGAUGUGGGGACAAGGACGGAUGCUUGUGCAAAUAUGAGAAUCAUUGGGGGGCGAAGUUGGAUGUCCAUACUUGCUUAUCAUCAAGUCCGGUGACGGUUCUAAAGAUAUUGAAGUUUGGUGAAACUUUUGAUGAUGAUGGUGUUGAUGAGGAUCAUGAUGACUACGAUGAUGAAGAUGUUGAGUCUUGUGAUGAAGUUGGUGGUGUCGUAGAGGAGCAGAUAGAGCAUGUCAAGCACUUCCUAGAGACAAUGCCGGAUCUUGAACAAGUGAUAUUGUACUACAAUACACCAAAGGAUGAAGAUGUGAUGAAAGUAUUCAAGAAACUUGAGAAGCUUCCUGGAGUAGCUUCAGCCAAUUGCAAUGUCCAAAUAAAAGCAAAGAACCUCAGCUUAUCAUCUACUUCGACUAAACGAGGUACUCUUCUUUAGAAGUUUCUUCUUGUGGUUUCUCAGCCAUGGAUAAUGUCUUAGGCUAAACUCAAUAUCUAAGAUUCUAUUGUUUCUGCUUUUUGUUCUUCCUUUAGUGACUUGGGUUUAAUGUUUGUUUUCUUCUUGAACUGGAUCACAUUUUCUUGGUAAUACUAAAAAUGAGGCACGCAAGUGCUUUUGCUUUCGAGCCACAACAACAUCGUCUGAAGCAAGUGGCUUAUGCUUUUUGUCCACGCAAUCUAUUAAGGUUUGUGACUCGGUUAUCCAUCUAGCCCACUCAUUUCUGGGCUUUAUUUGGGCCUUGACAACCCAAAAUCCUUU